CAACGGGGGGAAAAGGACGUUGAGGAAACACCGUGGAGAGUCUUCCAUGAAAGGUGCGCGCUGUCUGCGAGAAACUGAUCCAAAGAAGAGGAUUAACGGAGAAUUGGAUUGAUUCCUGCUGGAAAGACGCUUUGAAAGAGCUUAUCUUGUCUUUUUCCACGCACAUAAAGCGCUCCCCUUUGAAAGUCUCCAAGACUUUCAGAGUUGCCACUUUCGUCCUGCUUGUUCUCCGCGCAGCAGAGAUGCUCUCUCCCCUCCUAAAAAAAUUACUCCGCACUUCGCAAUGCCACAGAAAACAGACCGAAAAGAGAACAAUCAGCAUACCUUGUGAGGACGGUGUCUGCGCCGGGAUGAGCUGUGGCUCAGACCUACGUGGAGACGCGUAACUUCAUCUGUAAAGUCCGGUUUCUUACUCCCAUGCAUGUGGAAGGACGGAACUCGUGUCCAUACUCGAGGGGAAGAAGAGACAACCCCUUCCCAGCUUCCAGCAGCGGUCCCAAGCACAGCGAGCGGGCAUGACGUCAGCGGGAAUGCAUGAGCCGGAGCGCACUCCUGAUUGGUUAUAACAAGGCGAGGGGGCGUUUCGGAGGAGGUUCAGACGCUUGAAACGACCAAUAAGGAAACAGAUGAUAGUUACCGUGGUUACAGCGGUUUGUCAACCUAUACACUGUAAAGAGAGGAAAAGGUGGGAAUCUACUGCAUAGGCGAUGCAGAACAAGAGUGCUCUGAAUCUACCCAGACUCCUCUCAAGCCACAGGGCAGAAGAUGCUGAAAAACUGACACUGCGGAUGGAAAACAGUCCUGGCAGCUCCAGGUACAAACCGACUGAAUAUGAAACGCUGCAGGCCUUUGUGGAUGCCAGUCGCCUGGAGUACAAUCUCAUUGAACAAAAGGUUCUGAAGACGUGCUGUGCAGCCAAGGCAACCAAGGAGACCUCCUUAUUACGACAGCACCGGCAGGUGUGGAGCAGAGAAUGCCCCAGGCUGCAAAAAGCUGAAGAGCAAGAAGAUGACAAUAUCCAUCAUUUUCUCAAUCAUAUCAAACCAAUGGAUAUAACGGACACUGACAUCUUCUUACUUCAACAAUAUGGGGAAUCUCUUGAAAGGGAACGGAAGGAAUUCAGAAAAUCUACUGUUGAUCCUGUGUAUCAGCUCAGAGAUGACCUGCGCUCCAGACUGGGAGAGAUGGACGAUCAGCAGCUCAAACACCCAUCAAACUGGGAACAAGUACAAAAACAGAUCAAUUUUGUGAGAGACCAACAAAUGGACAUAAUUGCAAAGCUCAAUGCAGAGUACCAGCACACAGAGCAGCAGAUCACAGACCUUGGCUUGGAGAAAUACUUUUUUGGUACUUUGGAUACUGUUAUGAGCUCAGAAAUCAUUCCUGAGGAGCUUUUGAAUGCUGACUGCCCUUAUCCGGACCUGAAGGACUCUCUGAUCCACGCCUUUGAGUCCCUUUCAGAGAGGUACAAAGUCAGACUGCAGAGUCUGAAGGAGCAGCUGGAAAAAAAUGACAGGUUGUGUGGCUGGUGUCCAGAGGACCAUGAGCGAUUCCAGUUCACAGUUUCUAUGUACACUCAUGAUAUACCCAACUACAGAGCGCUCUGCAUGGACAUGCUGUUAAGGCAGUUCCCUGACAGGACAACGUUCGAACUGAGGCAGCAUGAGCGAUUGUGGGACAUGCAGAGAUUCACCAGGAUGCAGUUAAGAGUUGUGACCCAGCAAUGGCAUAGAGACCAACAGGAACUUCUGGAGAGGGCCCUUUUCACGCUGCAGGAGGCGGAACACGCCCACCAGGAGGAGCUGGAGCACCACAGAGACCGCCAGCAUCAGCAGAACAUCUGCUUGGAGCUCAGAGAGAAAUUGCAGCAAUGGCGGGCCCAGCAGGAGGAGGUGGCAAAACUGGAGGCAGCCAUCGCAGCGAGACGCCAAGAGGAAGUAGAGGAGAGAUUAAAGAGGGAGCAGGAGAAGGAGGCCUCGAUUAGAUCACAACAGAAAGAGAAACUAAGGCUCUUUUCUUUAAAGCAGCAGAAGAGGAGAGAGGUGCUGGAACAGAGAGAUCAGGAGAGACUCGCUGCUCUCAGGAGUGUCAUGGAGGAACAAGCCAGAAGAGAUAAGGAGAGGGUGCAGUUUCGCACCCAAGUGUGGCAGCGACGAAUGAAGGAGAGGGAAAAGCAGGAGCUCGAGCAGCAGAGGGAGGAACAAGAGAGACGGGAUCGUCUGGAAGCUCUCAGAAAGCAGGUUGAAGUGCAGGCAGAGGCCGACCCAGAGAGGAUGAUGGCAGAUACUGAAGCUUGGAGGAACCGACGCUUGAAUCAGAGAGAGUUUGAGCUGCAGAGGCCUCUCUACAGUAUUAACACGUACACAGACAAACAGAUUGUGUCAGAUCCGAGGGUUCGAGCUGAGCAGGCCUUUCGAAAGGCUGGAGUACAUCAGAACCUGUACGCAAAGGAAAUUCUGUCCCAAAUCAAGCCCCUUAAAAUGCCAAGAAAGGACACCAAAUCUACACUUAAAUUCUAGGGCUUUGUUUGCUUAAGUGUGCUUUUACCCAACAUUUUUCUUAGCUUUUUGAUUUUAAUGCUGUUAAGCAAAUAAAUACAUGCAAAUGAGGAA